AGAGAAUCUCAAAGAAAUUCAAACCAUAAAGGCUUACAAAUGUCAAGUCAAUAUCUGCCAACAAAGCUGCUAAGCAGAAACAUUUCUUUAGGCAGGAUCAUCAGUAUAACUGCUUUAUUUAUUACUGUCUUGUUUGUCUGUUUCUUGUUUUUCAGCUUAUGGACUCCAAUGGCACAAAUGGUGAUGUGCCUUUCCUUCAUCAGCAAGUAUUUCAGCUGGAUUGGGAUCCUCUCACCAUUUGUGAAACUAUAUUGGCUGUGUUAACAUCUCUGUUUUUCUUUUUUGUCAACUGCGUGAUGUUCCUGGCUCUAAAAAGCAAGCACAUAUUCUUUGAGACGCCACGCUAUAUUCUUUUUGGCCACAUGCUUAUGAAUGACUCUGUGCUUUUGCUGCUAACAACUGUCAUGUUCAUGUUGGCUCUGUGUUUUUAUCCAAUACAUAAAUCCAUAUGUACUCUGUUAGUCUUCACCUCAACCCUUGCUUUCAAUAAUGCUCCUCUGACUCUAGCACUGAUGUCUCUGGAGCGAUAUGUUGCAAUCUGCUUCCCUCUGAGACACUGCACCAUCGCCACACCUAAAAGAACUGGAAUCGCCAUUGGAAUCAUCUGGUUUCUAAGUACGAUCAAUGUUAUCAUAGAUAUAAUUAUUGCUUUAGUUAAUAACCCAAAUUAUUUAGCAGAUAUUGCAUUUUGUACACUGGAGCAAUUGUAUAUAGCCAAAUGGCAGGUGGAUAAAGCUCAGUGGUUUUCUGUGUUUUAUUUUGUGUCUGUUGCAGUGAUCAUUAUAUCAACAUAUAUUAGCAUUAUGAUCACAGCCAGGUCUGUUUCAUCUGAUAAAGAUUCUGCUAAAAAAGCUCUAAGAACAGUGAUGUUGCACUUGAUUCAGCUGGGACUGUGUCUCACCUCUUUUUUAUUUGCCACAAUAGAGAUGAUACUAUACAUUAUGAUAGGAAGCACAUCGCCUCUCUUCAUCAAUCUGAGAUAUUUAAAUUAUUUUGUUGUUCUCAUUCUACCACGUUGUUUGAGUCCUCUGAUCUAUGGCAUGAGAGAUGAAGCUGUGUGGCCCUUGUUCAAAUAUUACUUCUGCUAUCGCUCAGGCAAAGUAAAGCCCUCUGUUAAUGUGCAUUAAAAAUAUGAAAGGAUUCGAAAUAACAAUGUGAAAAAGCAAAUGGGAAUGUCAAAUAAAACUACAUGUAAAUAACUAUUAUAUGAUAUUUUAUAUUAUGUAUGGUUAUAUAAUUAUUUAAGUCACUGUCAAUCUUCAAAAAUUAAUGAAAUGAUUAACUUAAUAUUAUUUAAUAAUCAAAUUAUUGACUAUUUAAAUUAUUGAAAGUUAAUAUUUACAUCUGAAAUGUGGUAAUAAAUAGGUUAAGUUCUCUGUAGACCAUAUGUUUUCAUAACUGCUUUUCAGGCUUAAUUUGUGAUGUGUCUUGAACAUUUUAAAGCCCUCAGGAAAGUUUUUGAAAACAUACAGUAUUCUUAACUAAAAAAAUUGGUUUACAUUUUGAAAGGGUUGGUGAUAUACUCAUAAGCAAAAAAAUAAUAUUAAAUGUUUUUUAUUUAAACUGUUCACUUUUUAUACUUUAAUUUCAAUUCUUUGUCACUUUUGUCAUGUUUUUGUCAUAGAUGCUUUUAAUGAAAAUAUAAAUUUUGCCUUGCUGCUAAAAUUAAAUUUGGCUUCCUUAUACAUUAGAUAAGUGACAGACAGUUAAAGACUGCUGUGUUUUAUUUUGUGUCGUGUAUUUUGUUGCAUUGAUCAUUAUAUUCACAUAUAUCAGCAUUAUGAUCACAGCCAGGCCUGUUUCCUCUGAUAAAGAUUCUCCUGAAAACGGUGAUGUUGCACGUGAUUCAGCUGAGACUUUGUCUCAUCUUUUUUCUAUAUGCCACAAUAAAGUGAAGACUUUUGACAGUGA